AUGAAGCUGAGCAGCAAGCUGCGCCAAUUUGGCAACUUAAUCAAAGCAGGAUGUAGGAAAAUAUGGAUUAAUGCAGGCGCAACAAUUGGAACCAUUAAGGAUACUGGAAGCAAGACCAUAACUGAGGAUGACGAAAAAGAUGUCGACAAGGAUGAACAGUCCUCGCAAACACCCAACAACGACAAUGACGACUACACAUUGGACGAAGACGAUGAAAAUCCCCGGUGCGACUGGAAAGUGAUUGAUGCCAUCCCAGACUCUAAAUACGAAGACCUUAUCCGACUUCGUUGCGAUCCUACCGGAACUUGGACAGACGCCCGUGUGCUUGGUCACUCAAAAGGUUCAUAUCAUCGCGCUUCUUGUCUUGGUUUGCUGAUUGGAAACAAAGUUCGUACGUAUUAUGUACGCGUCCCUGGUCAUGGCACUCACGAACACUGGACACCAGAAGAUGCAUACAUGCUGGAGCGAGAGGUCCAGAUAAUUGAGUACAUCCGUACACAUACGAAAGCUCCUGUUCCUGAGAUCAUCGACUACUCAACCAGUCAUGAUAACUUGCUUGGCCACCCGUAUAUUUUGAUGACCAAGAUAGACGGCCGAAAUGCUUCCAGCAUAUGGAACGAUAAAUCCUAUUUUGAGGAUGGUCAAGCUCAAUACAGCUGGCGUUUGGCUGACGACCCGCCAACUGAAGUCAAGCAGAAGCGUAUUACCUUUUUGCGCUCACUAGCUCGUAUCAUGACAGACAUUGGAACGCUCUCAUUCGACCACAUCGGUAUGCCCAUCAUUUUCGAUAUCGUCUUUGCACAACCUGCCUUUAAUCCUUCUGAGCCCGAAACGUUCACGAUCCAUCACAACGAUCUCGAUCUUCAGAACAUCCUGGUCGAUGAGGACGGUAACAUUACAGGUAUCAUUGAUUGGGAUAGAGCUAUGGCCGCCCCCCGGUGUGCAGGUGCCGCUGCUGUUCCUCUGUUUCUACAAAAGGACUGGCUUCCAAACUACCUGAACACACUGGAUAUUUGGCCGCACAUGGCUUGGAACACUCACCAUUACCGUGAACUGUACGCCGCUGCCCUAGUUGAAGCUGGCAAUCCUGACGCCAAGUACACGAUCAAAUCAGCCAUCUACCAAGCUGCUCUUAUGGCCAUUUACGAGGGAGGCGAUGUGUAUGAUUUUGUCAAGAAACUUCUCCAAGAGAUCCCUCAAUGUCGUGUUCAGGCUGGGGAGUUUUGCAAAGCUCUAGGAUCAUCGAUAGGAUGGCCAGCUGCUGAGAAGAUGCUGACAGUCGAGUUGGCAAAGAUCUUUGAACCUGAGCUUCCCCGCCAGGAUCUCCUCCAGGAUCUGUGUGAUGAGCUCUCGCUUGAGGAUUGGAAAGAAAAGUUCGGUGAAUUCUUGCUGUACGACCCUGAUUUCGAUGCCGAACUCAACGCCGAGCCUUGACUAAAGGCAAGGAUACCCUGGAACUAUACAACUGAAAACCAACGCUGCUAGAUCGUCGUACGUAUUUGAAGGCAUCGCUAACCUCAGGGGCCCC